AUGAAUUUAAUAAAAGGUACAAAAAACAAAAUGAAGAAGAAUUUGCAGAAUAAACAUCUGAACAAUAGUACAAAAUGUAAAAAGGUUUUUAGUGCACACAGGAUUAAACAGUUAGCGAAGGAUAAAAAAUUACUGGAUGAUGCUUUAUUAGAUUGUUAUGGAAGGUUCAUAGCUUUACUUCCAGAAUUUCUACUAAAGGAUCAUGUGCAUUUAUAUUUUCAAAUUCAGGAAGCAUAUUGGUGGUAUGAUGAUAUGUGGCAAGAAAAAUAUCCUGACAAGUUGCCAAAAUUAAGUUUAAAAAUAUUUGGUUAUUUAAUAUGUGAUGAUUGUCCAAUAUUAAAAAAAUAUGUGCCACCAUCAGCCCAUGAGAAGUUUUCUCUAAAUUGGAGAAGAUAUUGUAGAACUAUACCUUUAAGAGGUGCAAUUCUUUUAAAUCAUAAUUUAAAAAAAUGUUUAUUAGUGAAAGGAUGGAGUACAGAUAGCUGGUCCUUUCCAAAAGGGAAGGUUGAUGAACUGGAAGAAGAUUCCGUUUGUGCAUGCAGAGAAAUUUAUGAAGAAAUAGGAAUUGACAUAUUUCCAUACAUAGAUGAACAGGUUUAUAUUGAAACUCAUAUAGAAGAUCAGCCAAUAAAAUUGUUCAUAAUUCCAGGUGUAAAAGAAGAAACAAAUUUUCAACCUAAAACAAGAAAAGAAAUUGGUGCCAUUCGAUGGUUUGAAAUAGAAAAACUUUUAGAGUAUAUAAAUUCAAAAAAUAAAAAAAGUAUCCUCUUUGAAAAUAAAAAGGAACGUAUAAAUGAGUGGUUUGUUGGUCCAUUUAUUCCGAAUUUAAUCAAAUGGAUAGAAAUUUUAAGGAAAUCUGUACAUGCAAAGAAGCUAAAGGAAGGAAAUUCCUACCUAUCAGGAGGUAUACAAGCAUAUAAAUAUCAAAUUAGUGGAGUUGAAGAAGAUAUUAUUAAAAAACUUCAGAUCGUUAACUUGAAUUCGAAAGAAAUAAUAAACAUAGGUUUAUUCAAGAGUGAUGAUGAUUUAGAAGAAUGUUAUGAUGAGAAUGAAAAGUUGCUUAUCGAAAUGAACGAAGAAAUUUGCAUACAGGAGGAAGAAGAUUUAAGAUCGAAUUCAAAUUAUGACAGUGUUAUGGAUUCCCCAAUUGAAGAAAAAAAUAGGGUAGCAUUUACAAAAAAUAGAGUUCGUAAGGAUAGUAAUCCCAUUCCAAAUAAUGGUGAUAAUAAGAUGAUAAAUAAUAUAAAUAUUGGACCAAAUGUGGAACACUGCAACGCAUAUAAACAUAUGAAACAACAAAUGGUUGCUAAGAAAGUUGAAGAAAAUAAAAAAACAGAUAUGCCAUUGCAUUGUAGCACAGAUUGCAAAGAUUUUCGGAAAAAUAUGAUGAAUUCUCUUUUGAAGGAAAGUGCUUAUGCUGCAGAAAAUACAUAUAAUAAGAUAGGGAUUGAAUCCAUUGGGAAUAAAAAGGUAUAUGAACAUGUAGACGAUUCAAUUGUGCCAUUGAGGAGAACAGAUAUAUUAAGAAGUAGUUUUGUGCUUUCCCCUGAGCCAGCUAAUUUAAACGAAGUUCUAGGUGAAAAUAUUUAUAGUGCAGAUGUAGAAAAGAAUUGCAACAGAAAUUCGCUUAGAAGUACGUAUAAUAAAACGAUUAGAAUCAACAGUAGUAAUUCGAAAAAUAUGAAAAAUGAAACGCACAAAAUUAUUAGUUGUGGAAAUGAUUCAUACCAUCAGGAUGAAUAUGAAGAAGCAGAGAAAUACUGCUCUUCCAUCAUAAAAGAUGUAAAUAGUGGUGCAGGAAAAAUUCUCCCGAAACAGAUAAACCUAAUGGUUAAUAACCAGAAUAAAAAAAUCAGUAUUAGUAGCAGUGGUAGUAGUAACAAUAAAGUAGUAUACCAUGGAAAAAAUAACAAUGUAUACAAUAAAACAUAUAAUGGUUAUAAUAGUUAUAGGAAUUAUUAUGUUGAAUUUGAUGAGUCAGGAACAAAGGGUCACAGAUACGGUUUUAACAAAAUGCGAAUGGGAGGACAUUUAUCAGCUCUUCGAUUGAAAGAAGUAGGCUUGAGAAGUUUUGAUGAUCAAGAUAUGGAUAGAAGAAAAAAUUUUCAUUUACAAGUAUAUGGCAGUAAAGGUAAAUGGAAUAAUGAUAAGAAGGAAAUACAAAAUAAGCAUAAAAAAAGAAAUAUGAAAAACUCUCACCAUUCAUUAGAUGAUUCCUCUGUGCAUUAUAUACCAACGAAGAAUAAAAAAUUAGAUGCAUGCAAUGAUAAAACUUUUGGCCAGAAUCAUACCAAUGGAUGGAGUGCUGAGGAUAUGUUCAAGUUGAAUGAAGAAAAAUUCGGUAUUCAGUCAACAUAUAAUAUAGAGGAAUAUACAACUCCGUUGUUGUAUAAUGAAGAGAAAACAAAUAAAUAUAUGAAGAACACAUUGGUUAAAAAUACGUUUAGUCCGUAUCUUAUAGGAAAUAAUAAUAACAAAGGAAGUGAUUACACUAUUAAAAUUAGUGGAGUUUCUGAAAAAACAAACAUCGAUGAGGGUAUAAUCUGUGGUAAAAGUAGUAUCAAUAAUAAUGACAGAAAUGAGAAAAAAAUUUUCAUGCAAUCGAAGAAGGAAAAUUAUGAACAAAAUGAGAAGCUAAACAUGAAGAUGAACAUGGAUAUCCCAACAAACAGUAAUACACUAUUAAUGAAUGGUAAAAAUUUGAAGGAUAUAUUAGAUAAUACAAAGAAAAGUAUUAGCAGUGUUAGUAGUAAUAGGAGCAGUAGUAGUAGAGGAGGAGGAGGAGGAAAUAGUUUUUUCGAAAAUGGUUUAGUCAAGAACACUGAUACAACAGGUGUGAACUAUAUAAAGGGAUAUAAUAUCCAUUGUGAACCCAAUAGAGAUACAAUUUCAAAAGGAGGCAGAAAAAUGGACAAUUUUGUUGGUCCUAGCCAUGUUAACAAUUUAAAUCGUAUCAAUUGUAUAAAUGAUACAACAAAUAAGCUAAUUAGUAGAAGUAAAAAUUCUAACAUGAACUUCAUCCCUGAUGUUAUCCACACGGAAGAAAGAGACGAAAAGACUAAUACAUUAAGCAAAAGCAUAGCAGGAGUAGAUGCAAAAACAAGUGAUCAUCUAAAGAGUUAUAAGAUGAAGGAUGGUAGUAGUAGCAGUAGUAGUGCCACGCAGAAUAGACUAAAUGACGGUUCCUGUUUAGGAACAACAAAUAACAUUAAGCCUUGGGAUGAGAAUCUAAGCAUGGGGAAUGUGAACGAAAAAGAAAUUGAAAAUUGCUUCGAUUUGCACAAAAACGAAUUUGUGUACAACCAAAUGAGGAGUAAACAGGGAUAUGAAAAUAAUGUCAAGGAGAGCAGUAGCAAUGUUAAUAUUUUGAAUGAAUAUUUAAAAAGUCCAGAUUAUAAAGAUCCGAAGAUGAAAAUUAUUUUGGAUGAUGUGAAUUAUAAAAAUAGCAGUACUUCUUAUGAUAUGGGUUAUAUAAAUACUAUAAAGGAAAAUAACUCAACUAGUAAAUUGAACAAAUCGAAAUAUGGAAAUAAUACAAAUGUGAACACAAAAUAUAAUGAAAUGUAUGAAAGUGACAUUGAGUAUAGAAAUACACUGAACACUAGUUAUAAGGAAAUCGCAAAUGUGAAAAAUAUAUUAACAAAAACUUAUAUAAGGAUGAAUAAAGAAACGAGUGAAAAAAGGGAAUAUAAUGACUUAGAUUAUAAAAAAACGGAUCAUUAUGAAAACAAUCAAAAUGGAAAUAUUAGUGCGAAUAUAACUGACAAAAUUAGUAAUAAUAAUAAUAGUAAUAGUAAUAGUAAUAGUACCAAUGAACCAGGAAAAUAUUUGUUAAAUUUAAUUAAGGGAACUGGUAAAUUAGAAAUGGCAACAACUAUUCCAAAUUCGAUGAAGAAUAAUCAGAAUAAAAUCAACUGGACAAAUGCUGUUUCAGAAAACAAUGUUAAAGCGUUAAGUGAAAAGGAAAUAUUGUCCAAAUUCUACAAUAAUGAGAUUAAUAAUAAUAUUUUUAUGAAUAAUAUUAACACAUCACAAUCCUCAUUGAAGUGUAAAAAAAAUUCCUUUAAUAAUGAUGAAAAGUACGAUAUCUACAAAAAUGUUAUAUCAAAGGAAAAUAUAAAAAUUGAGAAUAAUAGAAACAGGAGGAGAAAUGUUGAAAAUUUUAUUUAUGAUGGAUCUAAUAGGAGCAAUCUAUUGGAGGAGAAAAAUUUUAACGAAAUGGAGAUGAUGGAAAAAUUAUCGAAACAUCUGAAUAGUUACAACCCAUUCGAGUGA